CACAAGACAACGAUCGAAGGAAGAACAAAGCACGAAGAUGGAGAAUGCUCAGAACAAUCAAUUGAAGGUUUUGCUGGAGCAACAAUUGGCAUCGCAGAACCAGAAAAUUGAGGAGCAACAGAAGAUGCUGGAGAAGAUAAUGGAGAUGAUGGAGAAAUCCAGUAGCAACGAACACAGAUACAACUCAGAAGUCACCGGAAUGGAAAGAGGUGAGAAGAAUCCUUUCAAGUUUGUACCUAAGGUUGAAUUUCCGGUGUUUAAUGGAUCUAAUCCGAGGAACUGGAUUAAGAAGUGUGCUCGAUACUUUAGCCUUUGUAAAAUUCCAGAGGAACAAAGGUUAGAUCUGGCCUCAAUCCAUUUAGUAGGCAAAGCCGAAACAUGGUUUGCCAGCUAUAUUACUGUCAAAAAGGGAAUUGGCUGGGAUGAGUUCAUUUUUGACUUGUGUGGAAGAUUUAAAGAUGAACUUGACAGUAAGGUUGUGGAAGAAUUCAAUAAAUGGAGUCAAGAAGGAACUAUUGAUGCAUAUUUGGAAAGAUUUGAGGAGUUGAAGGCUUUAAUGUUACAGAGAACUCCCAUGCUUCCUGAAGAAUACUUUGUAGACAGCUUUGUUGGUGGUUUAAAAUCUCACAUAAAGCCAUUUGUAAAAGCCUUAAAACCUCAAUCAUUGGAUGAAGCUGUUCAGUUUGCUAGACUACAAGAGGAGGCAUUACAAGCUACCAGGAACAUGUCUAAACCUUUAUCUUCGAGGUUAACAUCCUCAGGAGGCAUAUUACCUACACCCAAGGGAGCUGCAAGUUACAACAGUAAUAGUUCCUUGACUGGAUAUAAAAAUUCUGCAAACAGCGAGACUAGUUCAACUACUAGCACAACUAGAAGUUUCAGGCCUACCAGGAUCUUAUCUGCAGCAGAAAGAGCAGAGAAAAGUGCUAAAGGAUUAUGUUAUUUCUGUGAUGAACCUUAUGAGAAAGGUCAUAAGUGCCAAACCAGAAAAACUCAAUUGUUUCUAGUUGAGAUUCCCGGAGAUGAUUUAGCAAAUGAUGAGGAAGAGGCACUUUUGGAUGGUCACAAUGAGUUUGAAAUUUUAGAGACCGAGCCUUGCAUCUCAUUUCAUGCUGUCAAUGGCAUCACAGGUUACCAAACUAUGAGAGUUACUGGCCAUGUCGGUGUGCAGUGGCUGAGUACUUUGGGUACUAUCAAAUGGAAUUUCAAGGAGUUACAGAUGGAAUUCCACUUCAAGGGAAAGGGGCACAUUUUAAGGGGACUUCAAGGACCCAAGCUCAAGGAAUUCAGGGGAGUUUUUCCAAACAAGCCACACAUUCCAGAAGGGUUACAAGGAAGGGAUGUGGCUAUCCUUGUUAAACCAGUUGCUGUACUGGAAAGGAGGAUAGUCAAGCAAGGAAAUAAGGCUGCUGUUCAGUAUUUGGUUCAAUGGGAAGGGCAGAGUGUGGAAGAUGCUUCUUGGAGAAAUGCUAGAGACUUUGAGCAAGAGUUUCCUGAAUUUUUCAGUACUUAGCUGGUUGUGUAUGUUUGGGUUUCAGGGGAUGAGGGUUCUCUCUUUAUGGGGGAAGGAAUGAUACAGUUGCCACGUGUAUCAUGGUGGUUGGGGAUUUGUUACAAGUUAGUUACGAGUUGAUGCUGUGUAAUCCCCUUUAUCCUCUGUAAUAAUCAUGAUGAAUAAUACAAUUCCUUUCCU